AUGGUAUCUACUUUAGCUGCUUCACUUUUGAGUAAAUACUUGGGUGACUAUCUAGAUGACCUUACCAAAGAUAAUAUCAAAUUGAGUUUACUCUCUGGUGAGGCUGUCAUCAAUGAUGUCAAGAUAAAGCAAACCGCUCUACAGACACUAUUCCCAAGUAUCGUUGUUAAACAAGCUGUCGUUAGAAAACUAUCAUUAUAUAUACCUUGGAAUCAAAUUAAGAAUAAACCAGCAAUCAUUAAAUUAGAAGGUAUCUAUGUAUUGGCGGAACCAUGCAAUGACUUUGAUGAGCAGUACUAUCGAAAGAAAUUUCAAGAUGAAAAACAACAAAAGUUAGCACUUCAAGAGUUAAUUAGAUCGAAAUUCUCUGAAUCAAAUAAUAAUAAUAAUAAUAAUAGAUCAACUAGUAGUAAUAAUAAUGUAGAUAAUAAUAAUAAUAAUAAUAAUAGUAAUGAUAAUAAUAGUAAUUCAUUUAGUAGUAGAUUGUUAGCAACUGUUGUAGAUAAUCUACAAUUGUAUAUAGAUUCUGUACAUAUUAGAUUUGAAGAUAAAUUAGAGAAUAGUUCAUUUGCAGUCGGUAUCACUAUGAAUAGGUUGGUGGCGGAAUCGACAGAUGACCAGUGGCGACCGUCGUUCUUGAAGAACGAAUCAUCGAUCAUUCACAAAAUCAUCAAUCUAAGUGAUCUUUCCAUCUAUUGGAAUUCAAAUUCACCAAAGUUAAACUAUAGUAAUCUCAAUGAUUUAACAGAGCAGUUAAAGUCAAUGAUUGAUCAACCUAAUAACCAACAACAACAAACUAAACAGCAACAACAAUAUAUAUUACCAAAGUUAAGUUCAUGUUUAAAAGCAAUAGUUAAUAAGAAUUGGACAUUAGGAAACAACAAUAAUAGUAGUAGUAGUAAAAGUGGAGAUAAACAACCUAGAGUAACGGUUACUCUCGAUUUAGAUGAUACAAAGAUAAGUUUAUCGGAUCAACAGUAUCUGGAUAUAACAAAUAUUGUGGAGAGUUUCUCGAUGUUUAAGAGAUCGAUUGAGUUUAGAUCGCAACGUCCGACGUCAACGGUGAAAGAUCAACCGAGAAAGUGGUGGACAUUCGCAAUCAACUCGGUGGUUGGCAAGAUACACGAGAGACGCUAUCGCAACAGUUGGAACUACCUCUUUGAAUUCCUGCGUGACAAGAAAGAGUAUAUCAAGUUGUUCAAACGAUUGAAACGCAAUACAAUACACCCAACAGAGAAGACGAGAAUCGACGCACUCGAAUGGAAGCUAUCCUACGAACACAUUCAACUGUUUAGAAAUCUAUCAUAUAAAAUGAUGGAGAAAGAAGAUAGAAACAAACUGAAACAACAACAACAACAGCAACAACAACAAUCGACAACAGCAGUUCAACAGACUUCACAACAAACAGUAGCUGCUGCUUCAACAACAAGUGGUGGAGGUGGAGGUGGUUGGUUUUCAUCUUGGUGGACAGGUGGAAACAGUAGCUCAACGUCUACGUCGACGAAAGUAGACAAGAAAGUUACAACCAUAUUACAAGAAGAUAUAAAACUGUCAAAGGAAGAUUGGAAUGAGAUCUACGAUACGAUUGGUUAUAAUGAGAUGGAUUCAAAAGGUGUUGGUUCUCCUACUUCUAACUCCAACUCUCCUGGAAAGAAUGGUAGUGGCAGUGGUAACACAAUCAACAACAAUGAUAUUAUAAAGUUGGAUGUCAAUCUUUUGAAACUAUCGCUAAGUCUUGAGAGAAAGAAACAAUCUUUGGCGAUAUUGGAGUUUGACAAUCUGAAUCUAUCGUUACGAUCAAAAGAGGAUUCAUUUUCAUUCGAUAUUAAAUUGGAUAGUUUAGAGUUGAUCGAUCAAUCCACACCAAACACCAAAUAUCCAAAAUUAAUUUCACCAUGUCUAAACAAAUCGAAUAGCAGCAACAACAAUAACAACGGUAACAAUACUUUAACAACAACUUGUAAAUCAAUAUUCAAUCUCCAAUUCCAAAGUUUUCCAAAUGGUAGUCCUUUGGAUUAUAGCGUUGCAAUACAGUCAAAGUCACUUAGCAUCGUUUAUUACCCACUGUUUGUUGGUACCAUUAUUGAUUUCUUCCGGUUCAACAGUUCCUCACAGGACACCUUCGAGGACUUGGGGAAGAUGGCACAAUCGACCAUUCAGAAUAUAAAGACACAGACACAUCAUCGCUUGAUGUUGGCCAUAUCCGAUCGCACUAAGAUAUCGCUAGCCAUGAACUUGGAGGCACCCAUCAUCUUGGUACCGGAAGUCAUCACAGAGAACAGUGACUCCAAUACUUUAAUAUUGGAUUUAGGUUACCUAUCUAUUAAUCAUCAACCAAAGAUAAGAAAUAACAUCAACAACAACAACAACAACAACAACAACAACAACAACAACAACAACAAAGAUGAUACACAACAAUCUUGGGAUGAAGAUUUCUAUGAUGAAUAUAAUUUCCAAUUAUCCAAUAUACAAGUUCUACUGGCGUAUCAGAAUCAAGAUUGGCGAGAUCUCGAACAGGUUGCCAAAUAUCGUAUGAAUAUCGCUAAUCCUUUCAAUGCCAAUUUCCAAUUGAAACUAAGUCGAAUCCCCAAUCAUAUAUUGACAUCUAUCAAACUCAAUGCAAACAUUGAUCUCUUGGAAUUCUAUUUGUCAUCGCAGCAAUACGUCAAUUUCAUUGGUGUCAUCCAAAUGAUUACAUCGGUUUCUCAGUCUGACUUGGACGGUAGUAGAUCUUCAAAGUCAAAGUCGCCAGUAAAACCAACAAAGAUUAAGGAAGGUGGUGCACAAGUCGAUGAUAUGGAUAUGUUAAUGUCGACACUAGUAGAUAAACAAAAGAUAAGCGAAUACGUACUCCUAGAGACAAGAUUCACUCUGAACCGAUUCAAUUUGCAUCUGCGUAUUGAGCAUGAUCAGCAUGUUCAGAAUCUGGCGUUGGUCUAUCUGAGAAUGAUAGACGGAGUUUUCAAUCAGCGAGUGUUACUGACACAAGAGACGAAUUCACCGUUGAUGAAAGCAUCGAUCAACGACUUUGUCUGUACAAACGAUAUCUAUAUCAAUCGAUCGACACUCGUUGGAAAGCUGGGUUCGCUAAAGAUCCACGAUAUGACACUGGAGGGUAGAAACUACCGUACCAUCUUCACAACAAAAGAGCGAAGAGUCAAUACUGCCGCUGGAGUUGGAAGCGGCAGUAGAGGUAUAGAGUCGGAAGAUAACUUUUUCAUUCCUGACGGUACCAGCAUGUCGCCUGCUUCGCUGCUGCAAACUUCGACAACAUCGCUGUUGGACAUUGACAAUACUUCGUUGGUUCACUUCCAAUUCGAAUCACGUGAUAACAUUCACUUUUUAAAGUGUAACCUCAGUAGUAUUCGAUUCGUUUUUCUCAAUAGAUUCAUCGAUGAAAUCAAGAAUUUCUUUGACAGUGUCAAUACGAUGCGUGACUAUUUGAAACGUUCGAUUAGUUCAGCGGCAACUGUCAUCUCACAAGCCAGAGCUACCUUCCUCUAUGAAGUGGAGAUUGAUAAUCCAUACGUUAUCAUUCCAAUAUCAUCGCUUUCACAUCAAGUUUUCAUUGUAGAUCUCGGUCGUAUUGUCAUUUCCAAUCGAUUUGAAAAUAGUACUACAAGUAGUAAUACAUCGUCAUCACCAACAAGCCAGCAAGAUAAUGAAUCAUCUGGAGUUGAUAUAAUUCCAGAAGAUGAUUCUAUUCCUGUAACAUUGGCAGAUACAGAUCCAAUUCCUGAACAACACCAGCAACAACAAGUCAAAUAUAUUAUUGAAAAUAUUUAUAUUGAAGCCAAUAAUAUUAAACUAUUGUCAGGAUUGGAUUUGAGAAUGCUUAAGAGUGCAACUGGUCGUACUUUUGGAACAAUGGUGAAGGAUGUCAACUUGAACAUUCAUUUGUCGACGCCAAUGUCGUUGCGAACUGAGAAAAUCCAGUUGCCACCUUGGGAGCGAACAUUCGAUAUCUCACAGUUCCAAUUGGAUAUAAGUGAAUACGAAUCAAAGUGUCUCAUUCAACUCUUGGAUGGCAAUCUUUCAGAAGUAUCUUCAAGUAUAAGAGGUGAUCCUAUAAUGGAGGAUGAAGCAGCAGAUCCAUCAACUUCAACUAUUUCAACUAUCCAAAAUAAUAAUAAUAAUAACGAACAACAACCUAAAGAAGUAGAGGAAGAAGAAGAAGAAGAAGAAGAAGAUUUGAAAUACUAUCAAAAAGGAAUAACAAAUUAUAAACUCGGUAAAUUCUCUAUUGCUUUUAUGAGAAGAGAUGGAUCUGCAGAUAACGAUAGAAUGGUACAGUUCAUUGUCAACGAUAUGAAGAUGCAGAUAAUCAAUGAAUUAAUGGAGACAUCGCUCCAUGUGGAAAUAACCAGAAUCAUAUUGAAUGAUUUCAAUAAGAAUACACAUCCUCAUUUCAAGAUGUUGCUCUACCCGAAUCGUUUGGAUCAAAGCAGUAGUGGUGUGGAACAAAACGAUAUGGUCGGCCAACCGCAAUUGGUGAUCGUUGGAACAAUCAAACCACCACCUAUUCAACAGUCUGCAUUCCAAGUGUCACUUGGCAGUAUGAAUAUGGUGUUUGUUCCACACUCUUGGCUCGAGGUGCAGAGUUCUAUCACCAGGCUAAUUAGCAUGGCCACCGAAGCAUGGAGUCGUUACACCACAAAGAUCCUUGGUGCUCCGCCCGUUGGCAUCGACGAGAUCAUAGAAUCUGGAUCGUCGCUACUCUCCCUCCACAUUGGUGAUGCCACCAUUUCCAUUCCCACGAAUGCAAGUGCCAGUGGCGAAGGUGAGAAAGAGUACGCUCUCAUCAUUCGAGCAUCUAUAGACCUACAAAACACGACCAAAGGUGCACUCGGUGUGGAAACAGUCACAUUGAUCGAAGCUGAAAACAUUCAAAUCUAUAGAACCAGAUUGAAUAAUAAUAAUCAACAAUAUAACAACAGGUUCAAUGAUAAUAACAACAACAACAACAAUAGUAAUAAGUUUAAUCAAGUCAAGAUAAUUGAACCAUUUAAAUUCCAUUUCCAAACGACUCAAACACAAAAGAAUCAAGAGAGUAAUAUUGUGGUCGAUCAAAUCAAUGUUAAUUUCUCGUAUCUCGAUUUCAAACAGAUGAUGUUAAUAUCCAAUAAUAUCGUUCAAUCCAAGUUAUCGUUGUCGAAUAAUAAUCAGUUAUCUAAUAGUGGUGGUAGUGGCAGUGUUUCGAGUUUGGAUCAAUCGGAAGUGGCAGACGAAGCUAUCUCUUAUAUUGGCGAUUCAAACACAUCGAACAACAACAACAAUAUUGAUAGGCAGAUAAUGAUUUCCUUCCGUUUGGAUAAAGGUAUUUUCGCUUUACACAACGAUGUUUCCGAAGAUGAGAGUAUCCCACUCAUUCAGAUCAGUGUAUCAAAGAUGAAGAACAACUGUUUUAUGUGGACAUUGAAAGAUCAGAUUGCAUUCUCUGUUGAGUCUAACACGGAAGCAUCUUACUUCAAUGGAAACAGCGGAGUCUGGGAACCACUUGUUGAGACUUGGGGAUUCAUGAUCAAUGCCAACAACUCUCAACAGGGUGGUUGGAUAUUUGAUUUCAUAUCGAAACUACCACUUCAAAUCAAUGUUACCAAGGGAUUUGUUGAUACUUCUUUAUCAACUUAUCAACUAUUAGUAGAUGAUUAUUAUAACAUAAACAAACCUACAACAACAGCUACAACAACAUCAACAACAUCAUCCUCAACAACCAACAACAAUAACAAUAGAAAAAGAACAAAUAGUUUAACUGGUUCAUCGUCUUCACUACCAAAUUCUCCUACUUCAACUUUAUCACCAAACUUGUCAAUAUCUCCAACCUUAUCUUCAACUUCGAUAUCUGCCGGGUCACCAUCAAAUUCAAUCUCAACUCUAACAAAUGCUUCGAAUGUUAUUAAAGAUACUAAAGUAUAUCCAUAUUAUAUUAAGAAUUCAACUGGACAAACCGUUUGGUAUUGGUUCGAUAAAGAGGAUCUACAAGAGAUUCCAAUUGGCAAAGAGAUACCGUUGUCGCCACCCGACUACAAGGCAAUCUCCAAAGGUUUGGACGUUGAGAGAAAGAUAUCGUUCCAGUUGUACGGUAAUUUCAAACCGAUAAACAAUCUACCGAUGGAUACUAUCGGAACAUUACGAAUCAAACCAUACAAUCCGAGUUACUACAACUACUCAAUGGGACAAGUCGAUUGUAUCACAGUGAUCCAAAUGAUAAAGUCAAAGGAGAAAGCAAAACAAAAGGAAAAGACAUCGCAAACCGUUCACUCGAGAAUGAUAUGCAAGCAUAGUUCGCGACUUCCUUUCGUGCUUGUCACCUCCAUCGAGAAGGACACCAAGAAGAACAAGAAUCAAAUUGAAAUAUCGAUAUUCGCACCAUUGAUUAUCGAGAAUGUUUUGGCAUGUGAUUUGAAUUUCCGACUCUAUCACUCAAAGAACAAAAAGUUGAUUGGUUCUCCAUUCUUGGAAGGUGUUAUUCCGAUGGGUGAAAAAUUGGAAGUCACAGUAUUCGAUCCUACCUACGAUAUCUUUAUGGAAAUUCAAAUCUAUGAUUUCCAAUGGUCUCAACCAUUUGUUGUUGAACCUUGUGCCAACAACCCUGAACAUCUGAAUAUCACUGAGAAAAUCAAGAUAUUGGAUCAAAAUAAGUUACCACUAUUGAUAUCGUUUGAUAAUAGAAUGGAGGCAUAUGGAGGUCGAGUUGUAAGUGUUUACAGUGAAUUCUGGAUGAUCAACCAGACUGGAUUGCCACUGAUGUUUAGACAUCAUAUUGGAGCACAAACUGUGAAUCCUGCAGGUCAACCGAUUCCAUCGAGCGACGCUCUGAGAUCAGUUGAGAUUCUUCCACAGGAUUCGCUGAGGUGGUACAACUCUGACUGGGCAUCACCAUCGAAACCCUUUAUGUUUGCCUACAACGAUUCCAAUAUAGUGGGUGGCAGAUUCUCGUUGCGUAUCGCCAACUCUGAAUGGUCUUCGCCUUUCUCUUUGAAUUCCUCGUCGGCCAACAGCAGCUCAACCAUUGCCAUCAAAGAGGAAAAGACGAGUGAAGAGAAAAAGAUGGAGCUGCUCAUGAAGAAGAUUCCUGAGAAACGGCUGUUCCAAUUGUCCGUCACUUGCUUACCUUCGAACUCUCGUUACUGGCGAACCAGAGUUGUUACAUUCUGUCCACAGCAUCUCAUUGUAAAUACAACGCCAUUCACCAUUUUCUACCAGCAAUUCGAAUGCUAUGAUAACAGUCAAACGAUUCUAUCGAAUCAGUCACUGCCUUUCCACUUCCCGUCGGGUAAGCGUGACAAGUUGAUUCGUGUCGGUAUGGCACACCAGAGCGAGCCAAACAAUGUUAUGUGGUCGGGUUUCUUCAACCCCGAUGAACUAGGCAAUAUCAUCGUUCGAUUGCGAACAGAACUGGAACCAAAAUUGAAUCCAAACUGCAAGGAUUCCGACAUCAAUGCCAAAUACAUAAACGCAACGGCAACGCAAUCGGCAGCGCCAAAGUUCUUCUUGUCGAUAUCGAUUCGUGUCAAAGCGACAAAGAUGAUAACCACCAAGAUGAUUGUCAUCUCUGAGCAGAAUCCCGAGUUACCCCCUUACUGCAUUGAGAAUCGUUCACGAUUCACCUUGUGGAUUCGACAGAAAAAGACAGAGAACUGGGAGAAGCUUGGCUCGCAAUCGACUACGCCCUACACUUGGGACCAUUUCAUUCUGCCAAAGAAAUUGGUCAUUGAAUUCCCCGGCCACGAGAAACACUACUACCGACUCAAUAAUCUCGAGGAGAAUUCAACGGUUACUGUCAAGUGGAACAAUCCUGUGACAAUGCAAACCGAGAAGAUCGACUUGGAUGUAUCAAUCAAUGCGCAAGGACCAACAAGAGUAUUGGUUGUUAGAGAACGUCAGAAAUCGAUAUCAUCUAUAAACAUCCAUAAUCUUCCAAAGAAACCACUGGAUUCAUCGACAUCAUCUACCAACUCUCUUGGCAAUGAAGAGCAUGGCAAGUACGAAGUAAAAGUUAAUCUCGUAUCCAUUGGACUAUCAAUAGUGAAUCAAGUACCAGAGGAAUUCAUUUACUGUUCAUUCGAUAAACUCUAUGUAGAAUUCAAACAAAACAAAAACGAUCAAUAUCUUCAGAUCAUACUUGAUGAUCUUCAAAUCGAUGAUCAAAGAUAUCAAACCAAUUUCCCUGUAUUCCUAUGUAGAACAAAGAAACCAUUUGAUGAUUCAUCAAAUAACAAUAACAACAAUAAUAAUAAUCAACAAACAUCCACAACUACAUCCACAACAGGUAAAAUUAAUAAUAAUAAUAAUAGCGGUGGAUAUAAACCAUUCUUCCAAUUCAGUUCAACAAGGUCACUUAAAUAUCCAAAGAUUCUAUUCUUUAGAUAUUUCUCAUUUUUAGUGCAAGAGUUUGAUUUGAAUAUCGAUGAAUCAUCGAUUCUAAAUGCACUCUCUUUUAUCAACAUCAAUCUCAAUUCGCUAAAUCAACAUUUCACGAUGCACAAGACAAUCACCUCUGAGGAGAUUCUCCAGGUGGAAAGUACAAAGUUGGAGAAUAUGAUUUACUUUGAACUGUUGCAUAUCAAUCCGCUGAAAAUCAAUCUAUCGUUUACCAGCUGUAAACUUCCAAAGGAGGUGGUUGCUGUUCUCGGUGCUCGUUCACUCUCGGAUCUGCUCCUCGGUAUCAAAUCAUCCUCGCCAUUCUUGAACGUCGAUCGUGCACCAAUGCAUUUCAAUGGAUUCAUUUGGGAACAUCCAUUCCUCUCGGUCAAACAGGUCACCGAUGAAAUGGUACUGCACUUCUCCUACCAAUUGAUGGGACAAGUUCACAAAAUCUUUGGCUCUUUCGAUUUUAUAGGCAAUCCAAUUCGUCUCGCCGAAUCACUCGGUUCUGGAUUCAAGGAUUUCUUCCACGAACCGGCACUCGGUUUGGUCAAGAGUCCACAGGAUUUCGCCAUUGGUUUGUCAAAGGGUACAUCCAGUCUGGUGAAUAACAGUGUAUUUGGAAUAUGUGAAUCGGCAUCAAAGAUCACCGGUACCAUUAGCAAAGGUCUUGUUCAUCUAUCGCUUGACGACUCCUAUAUCAAGGAGCGAGAGGAAUCAGGCCGUCAGAAACCCAAUGGUCUGAAACAAGGCAUUGAGUUUGGAAUUCGUGAUCUUGGCGAAGGAUUGAUUCGUGGAAUCACAGGAAUCAUCGAUGAACCAAUCAAGGGUGUCACUCAGGAGAAGAGUUUCGAGGGAUUCCUCAAAGGCGUUGGAAAAGGUGUGAUUGGUGUCGCCGUGAAGCCAACCGUCGGUCUCUUUGAAUUUGCCACUCGAACGUCGGAGGGCAUGAAAAACGAGACAUCGAUUGCCAAAUCGAUUAUGCAGAUUCGACGUCGUCGACUUCCACGUUACUUCCCAAAGGAUGGAACUCUUCAGAACUACAGUACCUUCAAAUCGCAGGGUGCCUAUUUGCUCUACAGUAAGAUGGGUGCGCCACCAACGAAUAGUUGUUUAGAGAGUGUUUCCAACAGUUUGAUCAAUGCAUCCAAUGGUCAAUCAUCAAGUGACUCCAACAAUCAAAAACAAUGUUUUGAUGAUAAUGUAGAUAGAAUUAGUUUUCAUUUUAUAUUUGGAGUCGAUGAAUUUGGUGAUCUUAAAUUACUUCCAAAGUUUAAACUGCCAACCAGUGACUUUAACCAAUACAUCAGAUAA